CAUGGCAUGCAGAAUGGCCGACUAGUAGCAUUAGCAACGAACCGACGCUUUUUGUGCGACUCUUCGUUAGCUUGUUUUCUUUUACAUGGUGGUGGUUGUCUUAUGUUUGGGGAGGUGCAUGACUCGUUCUUUGUGCAAUCUCCAGCCUUCAUGAUUCAGUUUCUGUUCAAGAUAUUACAAGAUUCAAGAUGAUUAGGUUUAGUCAAUGUCUUGGUCAUUGGUGUUCCUCUGGAGGCACGUAGCAUUCCUUUAUUUAUAGAGCACCACCUCCAGAAUGGAAAGCGCUACCACAGCCGCCCCUAGUGAGUUGCCCCUGCCCGUCCCGGUGAUUGUAGUCAUAGCAAUCGGAGGAUAUCUUCUCCUCAUCGUUGCCCUAGUGGUGGUCCGGCAGUUUCUUGUGGCCCGAGGUGUCUGCAUGGCCUGUGCGCCUUGUGGGAAGGAGGACGGUAGUCUACAGUGUUGUGAUUGUUGGAUCUCCUGUGCCGAGGGAUGCAACUGCUGUGCUUACCCCAAUGUCAAAUCCUGCUUAGACUCAGUGUGUGGACCGCCUGAUAAUAGAUGCAGUAUGAAUAAGUGCUUAUCCUGCCAGGCUUGCCAGAAUGAAAUGUGCUGUGGAGACGAAGCUUCAGGAUUUGAGUCAUGUUGUGGAACCGGGGAUAACUGUGGCAAAGGAUGCGAAGUAAGUACCAGUCAACCAGUGUCUGUCCUCAUGAUGAUGAAUGCUUGGCCUGCUGCUUGCCUAGAGCUUCCCAAAUAUUAUCCCAUUGCAUUGCAUUGCAUUGUACCGUGCUUGAAAAUCUAGCUUGCUGUCUGCAUG